CCAGCCACAGGGCUUAUUGACUACGACCAGCUGGAGGUGAGGCUGUUCCGUCCCCGUCUCGUCAUCGCGGGCACCAGCGCCUACGCGCGCCUCAUCGACUACGCCCGCAUGAAGAAGGUGUGUGAGGAGGUGAAGGCCUACCUGCUGGCAGAUAUGGCACACAUCAGUGGGCUGGUGGCCGCCAAGGUCAUCCCUUCGCCCUUCGAGCACGCGGAUGUGGUCACCAGCACCACACACAAGACCCUGCGCGGCGCCAGGUCAGGACUGAUCUUCUACCGCAAGGGCGUGCGCUCCGUGGAUAAGAAGACAGGGAAGGAGACGCUCUACGACCUGGAGGACAGGAUCAACUUCUCAGUCUUCCCCUCCCUGCAAGGGGGACCCCACAACCACGCCAUUGCUGCCGUGGCAGUCGCCCUCAAACAGGCUAGCUCCCCAGCUUUCCGGGAGUACUGCCAGCAGGUCCUGAGGAACUCCAAGGCCAUGGCACAGGCACUGCUGCAGCGUGGGUACACCCUGGUGUCAGGUGGCACUGACAACCACCUGGUGCUGGUGGACCUGCGACCCAAAGGCAUCGACGGGGCGCGGGCGGAGCGGGUGCUGGAACUCGUCUCCAUCACUGCCAACAAGAACACGUGCCCAGGGGACAGGAGUGCGCUGACACCGGGAGGGCUGCGUCUGGGUGCCCCUGCGCUGACUUCACGCCACUUCCGUGAGGAGGAUUUCCAGAAGGUCGUGGAGUUCAUUGAUGAGGGCAUUGCAUUGGCCCUGGACGUCAAGAGCAAAACCAGUAAGCUCCAGGACUUCAAGACCUUCCUGCUGCAGGACACGGGGACGCAGCAGCGCCUGAGUGACCUGCGCCACCGCGUCGAGACCUUCGCUCGUGCCUUUCCCAUGCCUGGCUUCAGCGACCACUGA